GUUUGUCAACACUCAGCAUUCGGAUUUUGGCUCCAAAGUUUAAAACACGACUGUUGUCAUUCUUUUAAUAUUUAAUUUGUUAAAAUAAAACAGUGUAACAUAUAAAAUCAUAGAAAACCCCUAACAGUUAAUGUGAUUCGUUAUGAAGUUGAUAUUCAAAUAUUUAGCGAAGUAAAAAGUUAAAUGAUGCAUCACGUAUUGAGUUUAUUAUUUAUGUUUUUAAUAGUUGUGGUUGCUGGCGAUGUUGGUGACCGGUGUAGACCUAAUAACGAAGUAACUGUAGGUGUUUGCAAACUAGUUACUGAAUGUUUCGAGGCUAUAAGGGCAAUACAGGAACGUGAGUCCCAUAAUUUCCAAAGAUGUGGGUUUAGCGGUCUUACCGAAAUUGUAUGUUGUCCGAGUGAUAGAUACACAUUAAUUCAUAAAACAACACCAAAACCUGUACAGACUUCAACCGUAUUGACAGAAAAAAAGUUUGGUGGCAAUGUCAGGAUUUCAGACAUUGAGUGUCAAAAGAUUGUUGAUUCAAGUUUACCACCACUGGGAUUACAUAUAAUUGGUGGUGAAACAGCAUCAAAUGGGGAAUUCCCUCACAUGGCAGCUCUGGGCUAUGACACGGCCGAGGGCUUGAAGUUCCAGUGUGGUGGAUCCCUUAUAUCCGACCAGUAUAUUCUCACAGCUGCUCACUGCGUCGAAACCUUGGACGACGUAAAGCCCAGCAUUGCUCGUUUGGGCGUAGUGGACAUUGGAGAGAACUCGUUCAACCCAGAAACGGACGUGAACGUAUCAAAUAUAAUAGUGCACCCGCAAUAUGGAAGGAAAAAUAAAUAUAACGACAUUGCUCUUCUUCGGUUGGAUAGACGCGUAUCUCUGUCGUCUAAUUUAAAUCCAGUCUGUUUAUAUACACAGGAGGAUGACCCCAAAGUUGCUUUGACUAUAACCGGCUGGGGAAAAACAAGCACUUCGCGCGACACGAACAGCGCGCUGCUGCUGAAGGCGAACGUGACGGUGGUGGAGACGAGCAAGUGCAGCGCGCUGUACGGCACGUGGCGCCGGCUGCCCGACGGCAUCGCGCGCACGCAGAUAUGCGCCGGCGACGAGCAGGGCCGCUUCGACACGUGCCAGGGCGACUCCGGCGGGCCGCUGCAAGCGCUGACGAGCCCGGACGGGCAGUACCGGCUGAUCGGCGUGACGUCGUUCGGGCGCGGCUGCGCGUCCACCGUGCCCGGCGUGUACACACGCGUCGCCAGCUACCUCGACUGGAUCGAGGGCGUCGUGUGGCCGCGCCGCUGAGCAACCUGCACAGUGUGGCAACCCUACCGCACUGCGCAGUGUGUAAACACGACAUAGCCGCGCAGGGUGUAAACCGGACUUCUUGAAAAAAAUUACUCGUCUGUGCAGUGUGGAGAUCUCAUGCUCAUGCUCAUUGCAUACUCAUUUAUGCGUACAGUCAUAAAGUCUCCCAGCGGCAAUCGCCUUAAUAUUUUGAAUUUUUGUUUUUAAUCCAAAGUUGGAUACUUUCUCAUCCUCUCGUACGAUACAGCUGUCCCCGCAUCUACCCUCCAUGUUGCUCAAGUAGAAAAUUGUGACUUUAUUAAUUUAUUAUACAGAUUUCCCAUAGGUGAUAAGACAUACUAGUGUGGAGAUAUUAUAUGGAUCAGUUACAUAACCUGUAUAUUUUGUUAUUAUAAAAUAUAAAAUAAUACAAAAUAAAUAUGUAGUAAUGUCAUUUUUAGUCGCAUACCCACGUCAUAUUUGUUAAACUGUACUCUGUAGAAUAACAUACAAUAAAGUGACAUGACGAGAAUAUUAAUCUGUUCAAUUGAUCUAUAAAAUCACUUAAAGCCUUAAGAAACAGAAAUGCAUUCGCAUUUCUAUAUAGUAUGCACGUGUUUGAAAUAACUGUUUAAAAAAUAGUAACAUGUUAAUUCUAUUUAUAAUUUCAUGAGAAACAUAAAUUAUGUCUUAAUAAUUUAAACAAAGGAUUUUCAUCUCCCACAUAAGUCUUGUUAGAGCCUAUAAAUUAUGUAAUAUGCAAGACUAAAGUUGAUACUACAUUGUUCUUGUAGAUGUUAUCUAUGUACUUGAUUAUUUUGAAUAAUUGUUAUUAUUUUAAAAAAACAAACUAUAUUAAUAUUAUAUUAAUGAAAAAAAUCAAUAAAAGUAAGUAAUUAAAAUUUGUUGAUAAAUCAUAAAUUCAUUAUAUACCUAUGUACAUACAUAUUAAAAAAAUAUAUAAUCAUUACCAAGAUCAAAUAAUAGCUAAUAAAGCUAGUCAUUGAAUAAUUAUUGGAAAGCUCUCUAUCUAAUAAAUACUUUUUUUACAAA